UCUAAACUUAUUUGCCAUUUUUCUCACGUCUCUGCUUUUGGACUAGAAGAGUAAAAGCUUCCCUAUUCUAGAAGGCAUCUCGUUCUCUUCCAAGUUCCCUAUAUAAUGGGCUCCACGUCUCGCUCUCACACCGCACCGACGCAUCAGCUACCUUCUACGCAUUAACGCAAACAUCUGCACGACACGACACAAGCAAUGGCGCCGGCGGCGGAGCCGUACGUGGUGGAGGACUGCCGCGGCGCGGUGCAGCUGAUGAGCGACGGCACGGUGCGGCGCAGCGCCGAGCCGGCGUUCCACGUCGACCUGCCCGACGACGCCGACGCCGCCGUCGAGUGGAAGGACGUGACGUACGACGCCGAACACGACCUGAACGCGCGGCUGUACCGGCCGCGCCACCUCGGUGCCGCCAACGACGCGCGCGUCCCCGUCGUCGCCUACUUCCACGGCGGCGGCUUCUGCAUCGGCUCCGGCCGGUGGCCCAACUUCCACGCCUGGUGCCUCCGCCUCGCCGCGGAGCUCCCCGCCGUCGUGCUGUCGUUCGACUACCGCCUCGCCCCGGAGCACCGCCUCCCCGCCGCGCAGGAGGACGGCGCCACGGCCAUGGCGUGGGUGCGCGACAGCGCCGCGCGCGACCCGUGGCUCGCCGACGCCGCCGACUUCUCCCGGGUGUUCGUCGCCGGCGACUCGGCGGGCGGGAACAUCACCCACCACAUGGCGGUGCGGUUCGGGAAGGCCGGGCUCGGCCCGCAGGUCCGGCUGCGCGGGCACGUUCUCCUCAUGCCGGCCAUGGCGGGGGAGACGCGGACGCGCGCCGAGCUGGAGUGCCGCCCCGGCGCGUUCCUCACCGCCGAGAUGAGCGACAGGUACGCGCGCCUCAUCCUGCCGGGCGGCGCGACGAGGGACUACCCGGUGCUGAACCCCGCCGGGCCGGAGGCGCCGGGGCUGGAGGCGGUGGCGAUGGCGCCGUCGCUCGUCGUGGCGGCGGAGCACGACAUCCUCAGGGACCGGAACGAGCACUACGCGCGGCGGAUGAGGGAGGAGUGGGGGAAGGAGGUGGCGUUCGUCGAGUUCGCCGGCGAGCAGCACGGCUUCUUCGAGGUGGAUCCGUGGUCGGAGCGCGCCGACGAGCUCGUCCGCCUCAUCCGCAGCUUCGUCGUCGAGCACAUGGACUCGGAGUAGCAAAGCACUAGCUAGCUACAUGAUCAAAGAUUAGUCAAUUAUUAAAAGUGAUUUAGACUUUUUCUACAUAAUUGAUGAGUUGAGAGCGAUUUGUAUUUGUUAGGUGUGUUUUGAUCUUAUCUUAGUUAUUAUUGAUAUGUUUCUUGGUAAUUUGAGAAUGAAUCAAUAAUGGAAUGCCACAUGGAUGGCAAUGCUUCUUGAUCAAA